GGCAACUGUUAGGUUAAAAACAUAACCUAUAAAUGGUAUUGAUGGAAGUAAUGAAAAGAAAACAUAAUCUAUAAAUAUACACUGAACAAUGUAAUGAAAAGAGUAUUUAAUUAUUAAAAAUCUGAAUAUAUAUAAUCACAUUUAGUAAAAAAUGGAUCCAACAAAAAAAAGUGCAAAAGAAGAAAAAGAUAAUUCAUUAAUUCCUUCGUUUCAUCCUAACGAAGCUUUCAAAAAAUGCAAUUUAUCUUUCUCAAUUAAUUUUGACUUUGAUUAUACAAACAGCGAUCAUUCAUCCGAUUCCGAAACUGCUGACUUACAAAUAGAUAUUUCGGAGAUCGAUAAUGAUGAUCCAUCCACUAAACAUAAAAGAGAAUCAAUCAAAGAAAUUUCGGUUCUUAAUGAAAUGGAAAAAGAAAUUGAAAGACAGCUCGAUGCUAAAGCAGCCAAGACUAAUUUAACUGCCAAAAGUGUUAAAAAUAUAUUAAAACGUGUUAUUACAAACAAUGAACAAGUAAUGGCUGUAGUACAGAAACGUUUACACAAUAACCAAGAUGUUCUUUUUGAACCUAAACUCACUAGAGCUAAAGCAAAAGAGUUAGGUGCUGUAGAACAAGUUAACAUAAUAUGGAAUACAAGUAGAUCUGUUAAGAAACCACCGUUACAAGUAUUAAUAGAUGAAGAAUUUCCAGAAGACUCUUCCGAUGAGGAAUAUAAGCCAGAGCAAGAUAAACAAAGCGAUGAUGAUAGAGAAAUAGAAAAUUUUGCCAAUAGUGAUCUAGAAUCGCAACCAUCUACUCCAAUAUGUCAGCUAGACUUAGCUUUAGAAAAACAACUUGAAUCUUCUAAUAUUCAAUAUGAUUUGGAAGGGAUUUUUAAGAUUCCUAGCAUACCUUGCAUACGAACAGAAGAAGAAAGUAUCGGUCAUAGAACACGUUCUAAAUAUUGCUUGAGCAAAACACCAUUGGAACAAAUUGAACAAGCAUUUGUACCACCUGACAUUACAACAGAUAUGUAUGAGUCUGAUUAUGAUGAAGAUUGGAGUAAUUUUUUGAAAGAAUUUAUGCAACCUUUGGAACAAGAACAUAUUGCAGAAGAUGAUCCAGAAAUAGAUCCUGAAUAUAACAUUUUAGAAGAUGAAGAGACAGACUUAUUGGAUAAAGAAGAAUUAAGAGCCGACAAAGAUGUGAAAAUUACUUUAAAGGAAUUAUAUGAUUUGUUUGAUUUUAAAAAUACAUCUCUCCAACAAGAGGAACAUGUGCCUAAGAAAAAGAAAUUAGAUAAUUUAGACACACCCGUUGAACAUAAUGCAUUGAAUUGUUCCGAACCUCCAAUAUUAGUAAGCUACGAACAGCGCUAUUUAUUGGCUAUUCAAUUUCGACAACACGUUCAACUAAUGGCACAACAUUUUGCUAUGACAUACAUGCAUCCGAAGUUACAUGAUCUUUCAAAACCAUGUAAAGACAAUUUAAUUAGUGUAAGAUACUUAAUUACCAGUUCAAAUUCUGCAUUUAACGUAGAAAAUAUAACUGACGCUUUGAAAUUAGUUUCCGAUUGGGAAAAAAAAUUUUGUGAUGCAGAAUUUCAAGAAAAAUUUAAAAAAUAUGUAGAAGAUGAAAAUAACAUGAAAAAAGUGCACUUAAGAAAUAAAUUUAAUCCCGAUUUAAUCAAAUUAUUCGUCGAAAGUAAAGCUUUGAUGUAUCCGCAACUUUUACCAGAUAGACCUUUUAAAAAUGAAUUAACUAAGAAUACGAAGUUACAUUUAACAAAACCUGAAGAAAGUUUAAUCGCAUUAGGUCUUGAACAAUUCUUCCCGUUCGUGACAUCUCUAAAGACGAAAUUUAAGAGUGAAAAGUUUCAACUAUUUGAUGUAGCUCAACUUAUUGCUGAAUAUUUAGUACCUGUUAGAGAAUCAACAAAAAUAUUUUUCUAUAUUCAAAAACGCCGUUCUGCUAAAGAUUCAAAUCCAAUAAAGUAUUAUUUUGAAAAGGGUAAAGCUCCUAAAAUAAUACAUUACAUAACAUUAGAAUGUGAUCUCAAAGCACCGAUGCAUCAGCCACUACAUCUUUUACCUGAAAAAUGGCAGAAUUAUGUUAUCAAUGCUAAUGUAAACAUGGAUUUAUUGAAACAUACUAACAAAUCGAAUUCAUUUAACGAUAAGUCUACGAUAAAAAGUUUAAUUCAUGAGAAUUUUAAUAUAUAUCCUUGUGUUUCGAGAAAUCAUCCACUACGAAAUCCAGUCGUAAACGUUUUGCCUAAAAUAAUGCCAAAUUUAAAACCUUUGUCAAAUAAUAUAACAACAGAUAAUGUAUUAAAUACUCAAGGAAAUAGUAAUUUUCGUAUUAUGGGAUCAAAAUUAUUAAAUAAAAGUACAGAAAAUACAGGCAAUCCUACAAUUGCAAAUAAAGAAGAAGAACAAAAUGAAUCAAUUGAUUCAUCAAAUGUAGAAAUCAAAACUACAAGAGUAACAAAAAAAUCAAGCGAAGUAUUAUUGCAAUCUCCACAAAUAAGAAAAACAACUCCACGUUUAGCCAAAACGAAGAGUGCACAAAAUAUGAAAUUAAUGGCUCAAGGAUUAGGAUCCAAAAAUGUAUCCAAUUACGGUAACGCGAAAUCUCGAGGAAAGGGAGACGCAGACACAAAUUUGAAGACUUCUUCUACAUUGACGAAAGUUGACAAUGAGGAUGAAAUUGCAGAACUUAUGUUAGCGAGCACUACUAUUAAAAAGGAUAAUAGGAAAAAGGCUAAACAGGCUAGAGAAUUAGAAAAUAUAAAAAGAUUAUUGGAAGCAGAAAAUAUUUUGAAUAAAGGAGAAAAAGAAGAAAAAUUCGCAGUAUCAUAUCUUCAGAAAUUACACACGACAUUGGAAUCUAACAAUUUAGAACUUUUACGAACCGUGAUUAAAAUAAUUUUAGAUUAUGAUGACAAAAUUGAAAAUCUCGACGAAUUGGAACAUGAAUUAUCUCUUUCAAAAAGUUCUGAAUCCUCUGAAAUGCAAGAAAUGAUAGAGAAAAAUAAGAUAACCAGAGAUACAUUAGCCAUAAAUUUAUAUAAAAACAUUUACGAUAAAUUACGAGGUUUCCCAGAAUUGUGUUCGGAUUUACUAUUAUUUUUGAAACCACAUCAAGCUGCGUUAAUAGAUAAAUCGAUAGAGUACAUAAUGUUACAAAAAAUGAGUGAAUUUUUAAAUGUCAUACAAAUUUAUUUUACCAAGCAACCAUCCCGGGUUGCAAAAAUAAUGCAGGCAAUUACGCAACUUUCAUCUGAUCCUAAUAUAACGUUAGAAAAUGUUCAUAAUGUUAUGACUCCUCUUCUCAAAGGACAUCCUUUAGUUAUGGAUCUAUUUUUACAGACGUUACCUAGCGGUAAACCUCCGGAAAGUUUAUUUGCAGAAGACAUGUUCGAAAAUUUAACUUGUCCAUUGGGUCCUCACGAUAAAAAUAAAGUAUAUGCGGAUGAUGCUCCAGAGUUAUACGAGAACAUAGAAUUACCGAUAUCAGUUUCUCAGGAAGAUCCCUACGGUGGAGAUAAUUGUAAAUGUGAUUGUCAUAAUACGGAUGACUCGACUAACAAAAAUAUUAGCGAACAUUGUAUAUCUUGUGGAACAAGGUUUCUCAAUGGAAGAAUAUAUCUUCAAACUUCGGAAGGUUUACGUCCUGCAAAGAUAACAUUUCCAGGAGCGGAUAACGAGAAAUUAGAAAAUAUUGCAAGAGUGUCUUUAAAAGUGGCUGAUAAAUUUACAGCACCUGUUGUGUCUAAGCAACGUAGAAAAUCUUCAAAAGCUGAUAUUGGUGUUGAAGAGUCGUGUCAGAAACAAUGUCUUUCCAAGAAUUCUCCUGUGAAAGAGAAUGAUGAUAAUGAAAGGAUCAUAUCGAGACCGAAAAGAGGUACAAGAUCUCCACCCAAAUCGGGAGAGUCAAAAAAAUCGUUGAAAAAAGUAACAUUCACCGAUGAAGUGGCAUCUAAUAAAAAGGCAUGCUCUCCACAGUCUAUAAAUAAACGUGAAAAGAAGGUGGAUCGAAAGACACGACUGGAACAAAAUACUUUCGACAAUUCGUGUUCGGAAAGUGAAUAUUCCUCUAAAUGCGUUGUGAUUGAAAAUAUAUCUGACAAAGAAAUAUCUCAAAAAGAUAAAACGUUUAUGAAUAAGAAUAUGGAACAGGAUAUGAAAAAUGGUAUAAGGUCGCUUAGUCCAGAGAAAGACUUGAUAAAUAACAGCAGAAGUUCAGAUAAAGUGGAUGUUUCAAGUGAUUGUGACUUGGAUACAAAUUUUGAAGUGGAAUUUGCUAAUGAUAGACCGUGGACACGACAAGAAGACAUGAUUCUUCUUUUAAGUAUUAAAGAGGAGUAUUCAGAGAGUACAUUCCUGAAAAUUAGCCAAACAUUGGGUAAUCGUACCAUUGAACAGGUGAAAGAAAGAAGCAAAACAUUGCUAUCUUUGCUAGAAAAAAUGGCAUAAUUAUUAGUCGAAUAAAUUCAUGGAUUGUGAUAUUUAUACAUAACUAUAUAUAAAAUAUUUAUCAUUGUAAAAAGGUUUAAAAAAAAUAUUAUUUAUAUUACUGUAGUGUAUUGUAUUUAUAGAAAAUGUUUAUUUAAUAUGAUUAUUAUGUAUGUGACUUUAUUUUUAUUUUCUUGUAUAAUUAUUUAAAAAUUUAAUUAUACUUCCAUUCUUUUCCAAACACAA